AAGAUCAGAGAUCGUCAGUUGGAGAAAAAAUACAACCGACAUCAGCAACAUUUUUUGCAAAUAAUAGUGAAUAUCUUAUGCAGAAAUUAUGAUAGAAUACCUUACCUAUCAGACAGCUAUAUGAAGAAUUCAAAAAUAAGUGUUGAUUGUGAGUAUAAGUCCUCCAAAAUCUAACAAACGUUGGAUAUAUUUUUUAAAUUUUCCACAUGCCUGAACCGGAAGUAUGCUCUAAAAACAAACCCACCAAAAAUUAUAUGGAACGAAAAAUAACUCAUUCAUUAGUCAGAUUUAGAAGUUUUCAGCACCAUUCUAAUAGUUACAAUAAAUAAUGGAUGAUAUAAGGUCAUUUCUAUAAUUUGCAUCUUGAGUUUAAGAUAAUGCAAAAAAUAGUUUUUGCAUAAAUUACAGUCAAGCACCAACUGCUUCGCGGAUUAAAUAAAUUUAACCUCGUUUUGGAAUCUAACUUUUCAUUUCCGCCAGAUUUUGGUUUGAUGAGUGACCAGAUUUUGGCAAAUAACAAACAAAAAAUGCCGGUAAACGGCUAGUUGUUUAGCGUGAGGUGAGGAUAGUAUCUGGAAGUUCUAUCUUUGAUCUAAAUGCAGGACAAAUGAAGGAUUAACAAGGAAAUCAGAGGCAGGCAAAAUCUUUGCCUGAAUCGGGACAUUAUUUUCAAGAUGGCGACUUUGGAUAAUGAUAUGCCCAAUACAUGGAACGAUCAAAAUGACGAUGAUGAGGACCCUGGGCAUGGUCAUUUCUUCGCUAAAAAGACGUUCCACAAGCCUACAUACUGUCACCAUUGUACAGAGAUGUUAUGGGGAUGGAUUGGUCAAGGAUACGUGUGUGAGGUUUGCAACUUUGUGGUCCAUGAUAGAUGCCUAAAGACAGUAGUGUCACCUUGUUCAAGUAUAGCUACAAACUUAAUAAAGAAUCCAGUGCCACAUUGUUGGUCAGAACCAGGGCAUUUUAAGAGAAAAUUUUGCAAUGUUUGUCGGAAACGAUUAGAAGACAGUAUAGCAGUACAAUGUGAAAUUUGUAGCUAUUAUGCACAUUUAGACUGCCAAGAUUUUGUUGUCAGUGAUUGUAAGGAAUGCGCAACAUAUGUACCACACAAAGAUUUGGUCAAUGUUGUCUACUAUCACCAUUGGCGUGAAGGCAACCUAGUCCCAAAUUCCAAAUGUUUCCUGUGCAAGAAAACCUGCUGGUCAUCAGAGUGUCUGGGGGGCAUGAGGUGUGAGUGGUGUGGUGUAACGGCACAUCCCCAGUGUUACAAGUCCCUACCAAUGGAGUGCAGCUUUGGUACCCUAUCAGAUAUUGUCUUACCUUCGAGUGCAGUCACAAUUCCAAGAAUUAAUGUCCCAAUUGACAUUAUACUAGGCAUUCAAAAGAAACAGACACGCACGGUGUCAGCAGAUGACUUUUCCUCAAGUGGUGAUUCUAAGGGUGAAGAAGAUGAGGAUUCAAGAAAGAAACGAGGGGAAGGAAAAGACACCAAAGAUAAAGACAAAGAUGAAGAUAUUUUCCGAGUGUAUGAUGGUAAUGGAUCUAUGAAGAAAAGAUCAUACAGGAUUAUCAAUGUUCCAAAAUACGCACCAGCCCAAGUUGCUCUGGAAGCGGCCAUGAAAACAUUCCACAUUUCUGAUGAUCCGAAAAACUACUACAUAACCGAAACACAUGAUAAUGGUAUGGUACCUAUUUUAGACACUACAGCAGGGGAGACCCCCCUUGAUGUCACAUGUCCAGUACGGAGCCAGCUUAAAGCUGCCGACGGCAAGCGACCGUCCAUAUUUCUACGCUAUAAUGAACACAACCAGAACAGUGGAACAAUCAAAGUGUACCCUGGGAGUGUCAAAACUAACACACCUCCUGGCCACAGAGUUACCUAUAAGAACAUUCCUGUGAACACCAACACAAGCACUAUAGAAGUUAUUGAGACUGCCCUGAAAAAAUAUGGUGUUAAGGAUACUGAUCCAAGCAAGUUCUCUCUGAUUGAGGUGUUGUUGGAUAAAGGCGUCACGGAGAAGGAAGUCCCAAGAGAUGAAACACCAUGGGCAAUUGUACAGAAACAGAGACAGGAAUCAUUAAGGCAAAACAGGAUGACUAGGUUUUAUCUACAAAGAACUGAGGAUCCUCAUGGUCCUAGUAUAAAUUUAUUUAUUGGUAACCUACCAGAGGGUCUCUCACAAAGGCAGUAUGAAAAAAUACUUGUUGAUAUGGUAGGAGAAGCAAAUAAAUGGGAUGCAUUUGAUGUGAUCUAUUAUGAAUAUGGCUCAUUGGUCUUAACAUACAGUGACCUCGAAAAGGCCACCAAGUCUUUUAACAUCUUAAAAGGUGCUGAAUUUGACAAAAAACAGUUACUUGUGAUGAUUUUGCCAAAUGUGCAACCUCACAUGAUUCAAGAAGGGGUCCAACCUCUACUGGUUAUGGUCAAUGUGAAGAGUGGAGGCUGCCAGGGUCUAGAUUUGAUUACAGCAUUUAGACGUCUCCUUAACCCUCACCAAGUCUUUAACCUUGACCUUGGAGGACCUUUACCUGGAUUAUAUGUAUUUCGUAAUAUACCUUGCUAUAAGAUACUGACAUGUGGUGGAGAUGGGACUGUAGGUUGGGCACUGUCAUGCCUAGAUAAUGUUGGUCAGGACGCAGUGUGCCAGUCACCUCCCCUAGCAAUUGUACCUUUAGGCACAGGUAAUGACCUAGCUCGUGUGUUGCGUUGGGGCCCAGGGUUCACAGGCAAUGAGGACCCCCUCAACACCCUCAGGGACGUCAUUGAUGCAGAAGAAAUCAAGUUAGAUAGGUGGACAGUGAUAUUUCACACAACUGAAAAGGAUGAAUCCAACCGAAAGGAAUAUAUAGCAAAUUUAAUUGACACACCACAAAAUAAGGAAGAAAACACAGACAUACGCAUUAUGAACAAUUACUUUGGUGUCGGAAUAGAUGCAGAUUUGUGUUUAGAUUUCCACAAUGCACGAGAAGAGAACCCUGGCAAAUUCACUAGCAGAAUACACAACAAAGGUAUAUAUUUUAAAAUGGGUAUCCGUAAAAUGGUCAAUAGGAAAUCGUGUAAGGAUCUUCAGAAGCAGAUUCGCGUUGAGGUGGAUGGCAAAAUACUUGAUCUCCCACAAUUAGAAGGAAUAAUAAUUCUUAAUAUUCUCAGUUGGGCAUCUGGUGCCAACCCUUGGGGUACAGAGAAAGGGGAAGACUUUGAUAAGCCUACUCAUUAUGAUGGUAUGCUAGAGGUGGUUGGUGUCAAUGGGGUGGUCCAUAUGGGACAAAUUCAGAGUGGUCUGAGGAAUGGCCUAAGGAUAGCGCAAGGUGGACAUAUCCGUAUUACAUUACUGAAUGACCUGCCAGUUCAGGUAGAUGGAGAGCCUUGGAUUCAACCACCUGGCACUGUUGUUGUCUUGAGAUCAGCGCUUAAAGCAACCAUGCUCAAAAAGUCCAAGAACAAAGUGAAGAGACGCAACACGGAACCUAGCUCUGCAGCCCGAUCCAGAGAGUGGACCGUUAUGAUAGAAGUAGGAUGCGUGAAGAAUUGUAGCGUGAGGUCUGCACAUGCACGUGACGCAGUAGUGAGGCACGGCGUACACAGUUACCCAGUGAUGUGGUUGCCAUAGCAACAGUUAGGAUUUUAGCUGCAGACGAAACCUAAAUAUGCAUGUAUUACCCAGUGUAUAUGUAUAUAUAUGCCGGGACUUGUAAUACACUCUUUCACAUGUCAACAUAUAAGCUUCUAUGUCAAAUUAGCCCAGUACAUUAACAUUAUACAUGGACAUAUGAAGCCAUGUGAAGAUAGUAAAUGGGAUAUUAUCAUAUAUAAAUAAUAUAUAUAUAAUUAUAUAUACUAUAAAUAAUACUACAUAUGUCCUAAAAUUAUACAUACUAUAUUUAUUAAAAUUGCCUGUUUUAUGCCUUUGUACAGUAUGUCAUUUUAAAUCGCAUGGACAGAGGCUAUGCAUCUGAAACCCAAGGAUUUGCAUCACCCAAGGGGUCCAGAGGGACUACAUUUCCCCAGGGACUAGAAGAUUGUGGCCCUAAAUCUGUGAUAGAGCAUUUUCUCAGCCUCCAUCUUUAUUUAACAGUUCACACUGAUAAUGAAAAAUGAACAUGUUAGUUGUCCAAUGACUUCAUUGCAUUCAUGGUACAAUAAGUUUGAGUUUCAAAGUACAAUGAUUCUGAUUGGUCCCCAUUGACCAAUGAAUAGCUUCAUCUUAUUGUGAUGGGAAAAUGAUUCAAACCACAAAAACAUUGACUCAAGUUUGUCUCAUUGUACAAUGAUUGUUGUUAGACUGUUCUUUGUUGAAUUGAACAAUGGAUUUCAGUUGAAAAAUACUCCCUAUUAUUACUAUAAUAUGAUUGCGCAGAUUUGAAGUUUAGAAAUGAAACUUCCUAAUAAGUAUUAUGUGUUUCACCAAAAUUUGGGCAAAUUUUAUUCCUACUAGAGUAGGCAAUUUGUGUGAGAACUGUUUACAGUAUUCAGAAAAUAUAAACAUCUAUGUAUUAAGGAAGGCAGAAUGCAAAUGUCAAACAUUUACACCACUUUUUAGGAGUGCAUUGUAUUUCAGAUAUCUACAUGCAAGGUAUACAUAAUUUCAUAUUCUUUAUAAUAAACUUGACAUGGAAUUGUUUUCAUAUUAACCCCUUAAAUUAAAUCAGCAUCUAUUUGAAAAUGGGUAAUUUUUAUCCAGAAGCGCCCACCUUAAUACAUAGAGAGAUACACAGUCAACCAAUGACUGGAACAUGCAUGGAUUGAUAUAACUUUGGAUGCAUAGUUUGCCGACCGUUGGCAUAUUAAAGAGAAUUAAAUAGGUAGGUCAAGAUGUAUAAUAAUCUGUCUAAUAAAACUUGGAUCAAAAAUGUUUAACCAGGCCAACCUUAAUUCAGGUUUCAGUGUACAUUGUUGUCAUAUUCUGAAUCAAAAUAAUGUUUUCAACUGUUGCCCCUUGCUGUGUAAGCUAAGAUAAGCAGAGAGCAUUACAUCAAGCAUGUAAACCGAUGCUUUGUGUCAGACAGUCAACAUGUACAGUGUAUGCACAUUGCUUUACAAUUCUAGCAUAAUUUUUAUUAUUGUUAGCUUUCAUAAAGUUUGAUUUAGGCCUAACAAUUUGUUUAUUUACAAAUAUGUAUUUUUCAAACUUAACAUAUUUGUAUAGUGGGUGUUUCUGUUUUUCAUUGAUACUGGUUACUUUCAUGGUACUCAUGUUUCAGAUUACAGGGUGACAUGGGAUACAUAUUUUCUCGGCACUCUGUAUUAUACAUUUUAGGUAGAAAAUUGUCCUCAUACAGGGGAUGCCAAAAGUGCAAUCAAUAUUUACAAUUAAUUUAUAU